AUGCGCUUUGCAGCAAAGUCCCCUCCUUCACUCCACACACGCUUCUAAUCCUCGGCACAUCUCCUCACAUCGCUACUAACUACACUUUAUUCAUCUUCCGUGUCAGGAUAAACUCGACUCGUCUUUGUAAAUUAUUAGGCCCGCUUAGCUUGCUAGUUGUUUUAGCGCUAGUUAGCUUAACGUGCUCGUUGUGCUCGUGAGUUUAGCUUGCAAAGAGACGCGGAUUUGAUCAAAACACAUCGCUAAGCAGAGAUCAAGUGUGAGUGUAAAGUGUUGUAAUUGUGUGAAAAUGUGCGAAAGAACGAUAGCAGAGUACAAAGAGGAACUUUCUCGGACAAAAGAGGAGAACAACAGACUACGUCAACUACUGGAUGCUGUUUUCAAUCAAGUUGUGUUACACAGAACAGACAUCUGUGGAGAACAUGCUCUCCCUGAGAAGCAGGAGUGGACCUUCUCUGAGGCGCCACAACCACCCCACAUUGAAGAUGAGGAGCCAUACCCCCCACAUAUUAAAGAGGAGAAGGACCCACAGUCCCCUCCGUUUAAAGAAAACAAGGCACCACAGUCCCUCCGAAUUAAAAGGGAAGAGGAACAGCCCCCCCUAUAUAUAAAGGAAGAGAAGCAACAGCAUUCUCACUUUAAAACAGAAGAAGAGGAAGCACAGUCAACCCAAAUUAAAGCAGAUGAGUCACAGUCCCCUCACAUUGAGCAAGUUGAAGUGGCACAGUCCCCCCAAGUUAAGGUCGAUGAGGAGCCACAGCCUCCUCAAUUUUUAAAGGAAGAGCAACAACCCUCUCACUUUAAAACAGAAGAAGAGGAGCCACAUUCAAACCAAAUUAAAGUGGAUGAGUCACAGUCCCCUCACAUUCAGGAAGUUGAAGUGCCAGAGUCCCCCAAAAUUAAGGAGGAAGAUGAGAAGCCACAGCUUCCUCAAUUUGUAGAGGAAGAGCAACAGCCCCUUCACUUUAAAACAGAAGAAGAGGAGCCACAGUCAACCCAAAUUAAAACGGAUGAGUCACAGUCCUCUCAUAUUGAGGAAAUUGAAGCGUCACAAUCCCCCCAAAUUAAAGAGGACAAUGAGGAGCCACAUCCCCCUCAAUUUGUAGAGAAAGAGCAACAGCCCCCUCACUUUAAAACAGAAGAAGAAGAGCCACAGCCCACCCAAAUUAAAGAUGAGUCACAAUCCCCUCACAUUGAGGAAGAUGGGGUGCCACAACCCUCUGUGUUAAAAAGGAAGAGGUGUCACAGCCCCCACACAUUAAAAAAGAAGAGAAUGAGCCACUGCAGCAGCAUAUUAAAGAGGAAGAGGAGGAGCCACAAAGGUGAAAGUGAGGAGAAGAGAGAGGCGGAGCCUCAAAGCAGCAGCUCAACUCAACACAUGACAACAGAAGCUGAUGGAGACCACUGUGGAGGAUCACAAGCAGACAAGAUCUUAGCUCCACUAUCUGAUAGUGACGACACAACGUCUCACUCUCCUGACACUGAUGAUGAAGACUCUAAAGAUGAUAAGACAUGUAACACUGACAACACACACUUUACAUGUUCUCACUGUGACAAAACGUUUAAUUACCAUAGUAAACUGAAAGUACACAUGAGAAUACACACUGGAGAAAAACCCUUUUCCUGUUCAAUUUGUGGUAAAGGUUUUGCACGGAAUGAUAAUCUGAAAAUGCAUGUAAGAGUGCACACUGGAGAAAAAACAUUUUCCUGUUCAGUCUGUGGUAAAAGUUUUUUACAAAACAGUGAUCUGAAAAAACACACAAGAAUCCACACUGGAGAAAACCCCUUUUCCUGCACAGAAUGUGGUAAAGGUUUUGCUGGAAAAGGUGAGCUGAGAAGACACACAAGAAUCCACACUGGAGAAAAACCUUUUAUCUGUUCAGUCUGUGGUAAAGGUUUUGCACAAACGAAUUGUCUAAAAAUACAUACAAGAAUACACACUGGAGAAAAACCAUUUUCCUGUGCAGUCUGUGGUAAAGGUUUUUUACAAAAUAGUGAUCUGAAAUUACAUACAAGAAUCCACACUGGUGAAAAACCUUUUUCCUGUUCAGUCUGUGGUAAAGGUUUUGCACAAAAUACUCAUCUGAAAAGACAUACAAGAAUACACACUGGAGAAAACCCUUUUUCCUGUUCAGUCUGUAGUAAAGGUUUUGCGGGAAAAAGUGAUCUGAAAAUACACACAAGAAUGCACACUGGUGAAAAACCCUUUUUUUGUUCAGUCUGUGGUAAAGGUUUUGCACAAAAUAGUCACCUGAAAAGUCACAUAAGAAUUCACACUGGAGAAAAAACAUUUUCCUGUUCAGUCUGUGGUAAAGGUUUUUUACAAAAUAGUGAUCUGAAAAAACACGCAAGAAAUGCACACAGAGAAAAACUCUAAUCCUGUCCCGUCUGUAGGUUUUGCACAAAAAAAGUAUUUUGAAAAUACACACAAGAAUGAAAAAUCAUUUUCCUGUCCAGUCUGUAGUAAAGGUUUUAUACAAAGUAAGACUCUUAAUGUACACUGGAGACAAACCAUUCUCCUAGACGGCAUUAUUGAUAAUGCAGAGCAGAAAGCACACUGGUGAAAAUCCUUUUAUAAGCUCAGUCGGCUUUAAAGGUUUCAUAGACAGUCUAACUUUGAAAAGACACACACUCAAGAGAAACCAUUUAGUUGCAGUGUGUGUGAUAAAAUAUUCCCUAAUAAGUACCAGUGUAAGACACACAAGUGUGCGGGUGAGAAGAGCAGCAGCAAAUGAAGACGCAGGAUGUUUUGUCAUUAUACUGUGUGUUACAAGCUUGACAAGUUGUAUUCAACUUUUAUGUUCUAACACAUUUACCCUCGCAUGCUCAGAUAAUUUUUGAACUGUUAUGAUCUAAAGCGUUAAUUUUUGUUUGGUAAAUGACAGACCAUGAGAGAUUAUCAUCACACUUCAACAUCUCUAACAUGUAAAUGUUGCCUCUUUCCUAGAUCAGCAUUGUAAAUGUAAAUAUGUUCUUCAUUGUUUUUCCCUGGAUAAAUAGAUGUAAACUAGGAAGUAAAUGUUUAUAUACUUCAUUACCCAGAAAGGUUUGUGCUGGAGACAAGAACAGGAAGUAGGUUUGAGUAAUGUUGGAGGACAACAAUCUGAUCAAUAAAGAGUUGAU